CCUAAUUGUUGUGAUAAACUUAUUAAAUAGUUUGUCAAAUGCUUAGUGAGUCUGGAGAAGUUGGUUCAAGAAAUGAGAUGACGAGCAGCAACAGUGGCAGUCACAACGUAUCCAUCAAGUUUCUGGAUGCGUUGCAGCGUAGGAACUUUGAAGGAGCUGCGCUUUUAGUUGAAACUAUGGACAUUCCAACUCUCAGAGAAUCCUUGCGUAUCGAAAGCUUUUCCAUCUUGUGCCAAAAAAUUCCCUAUAGUUUAGUUGUUAUGCAGUCAAUAUAUGUAAGGUUCUUACUUCUAAGCCCUGGCAACUUCCCCAUCGACUUAUUGUGCGUAAAUGACACUAUUCAGACAUGUGUUAAGUUCUUCUACAAUGAUUUUAUCGGUACUGGUGGUGGAGGAAACAGUGAUGCUAAAAGAACCUAUGAUAACCUGUGUGGAGAUAUUCUUAGAAUUAUCUCGACCGUUGCACCUAGAAAUGUGGAAGAAUUGAAAACAAAUCAAAAGACAGUCAGAACACAUGUAGAGGGUCUAGGCGUACAUUCAUUGGUGAGCUACAAUGACCAGAUGCUGCACCUACACGACGCUCUGCAUCUCGAGCUAGAUGAAAUCAUCAACCAAUACAAACAAGCCCUCAAGUGCCUCAAAACCAUGAACUUGGUCUCUGCGCCUGUCUCUAAGGGCAAAAAUCCGGUAUCACCAAUAAGCAGUCCCAGCCAAAGUCCAGUUAAGUCUCCUAAUAAAAGUACGGGUAAAAAUGGAGGAGGAGAUGAUGUAAUGAGUAAAGCAAGUGGGAGUCCUCAAGGAAUGAAUCAUCAAAGGCUGAUGGAAGUUACUUACAAGGAUGUGCAGCAAAGGCUAUACAAAAAUAAAGCAUUUUGGAACGUCAUCCAGCCUUCGUUCGAGACAUCUCCGCUGAUUGACUUGUACGACAGUCUUUGCGAGAGAAUUCAUCUGGACAAGAAAGUGUUGGUAUCUGGUAACGACAUAUGCAGGCACAAUGCCAACGAUAAAUUAGGAGUCACUCUAACCAACUAUUUGAAGGCCAUCGAGAAGGCAUUGUAUUACAUGAUUCCGAACGAUGAGACGCCGCCUAGCGAAAAUGGUUAUUCAUCGUCUUACCCGGGAUCCUGCAAUGUAGCAAAAAGUCAAAUGGUUGCAAGUGAAUCAAAGCAGCCCUCGGAAAGUAACAUUCCAAUUUCAAACUACAAUUUCGGUGUUAAUACUCAGGAACAACAGAUCCAAUCACCAAAAAAGAACAGUAAAAAAGCAAUGCGGAGACAGCGUAGAAGGGCUAAAGAUAAAAGAUCCAGAUCACAGUCUAACCCGGCGUCUCCAGUGCCUGGUCAAACACCAAACGAAACAUAUGUCAAGUCUGGUUCAUCUAGAAGCGAAAACGAACUUCAGUCAUCAGACGCUGCUGAUAACGUCCAAAAUGAUUUUCGAGACUCGAGAUAUAUUUCACCCCUGCCAAAGCUGGGAAACGAAGUGGAUAGAAAAGAAAGUCAAUCAGUGUUGCAAAAUGGCACAGUCGGAGACAUAUCUUCAUCCCUUCCCUCCUCCCAAUCGGGCGAUUCGAAUGGAGAUUUCCUUCACUUUGCGACGCCUCAGAAUAUCCCACCCGGUCACAGAGCCACUUCAGUAUCAACAUCAGCUACCACUCCAAGGAAUGUGAAAUUCAACGCCAAGCGCAACUCGGAGGAUUCCUCUCGCGAGGAGGUGGAGUUGUUGAGGAGUAGAAUUAAUCAGCUGGAGAUUGAGUUGCAGGGCGCGAGGCAGUCCAUCCACCACUUGCAGAAAAGAGAAGAAACACUGAUGAACAGAAUAUCUGACUCAAUUCAGCGCAAAGUGGAAUCGAGUGGCUCUUUUGAGACUCUGAGUGACUCUAACAGACCGAGCCAGCUGAUUGAGAGAUACAGCCAGCUGCUCUACUGCGAGUUGAGACCAGAUGCGAUGGAUGCCCUGGAUGACAUCAUAGGAGUGAGUGAGGCGGAUGACCACCAGCAGAUCAGCGACAGUGACUCGGCUAAUGUGGAGGCAAUUGCACACAGUACUGACUUGAAGCAGAAGAUACUCUUCUCAGUCGUGGUGCUUUCGUUCCGAUCUGUGCAGCGAAGUAUCGAGGAGUCGACUAGACAGGUGUUUGUGCUUCUCGGAAUGUCUGCUGUGAGUGAGGAGGAUGCGGCGGAGGCAGUCACUAAGAAGCUGACUGGUCUGACCACUGCCUCCACAGCAUCUUCUUCAUCAACGCCAACUGGAUCGAACUCUGGAUCUCCAAAGCACACUAGAGUACAAUCUGCGAGUGAUCUGAGCACUUCAGAAGAGCAGGAAGAGAUGCAGAAAGUGGUGAUGGAACAGAUGCGGAAGACAGCCGCCUCUAGAAACACAGACCCCAACUUCAACGAAGUCUGUCAGCAGCUGUUUCAGACACUUUUCGACUAUCCCUCACUUAAGACAUGCAAACCACUGUUGAACUAUGUGAGAGAGUGCUGCAAACUGGCCUGGUUAUUACUACUAUCUAACCCCAGUUACCACAUUAACUACCACCACACCAACUUUGAUCCAACAUGUAUGAACAGAUUUCACUCUUCUGAUCAGAGCAAAGAAGAGGUCGUCAGUUUUAUAUGGCCAGCAUUGAUCGAGCAGACGACAGGUCAUUGUGUGUCUAAGGCCAUAGUUGUAACAUAAUCACGCACAAUAGUAACUUGACUCUUUGCAGAUCUUUUCGGGAUAUACAUAGCAAUAAACUCAUUUUACGAAAUUCACAACUCAAGAGUUUUGAAUAAAAAGAAAUGCUUGUUGGGAGCGACUGUGGGGUUUUUGCUAUGUAAUUUUUUUUCUAUGUCUUUCAAUUUGUUAUUUGAACUGAAUUUUGAAUAGAAUUUAAUCGAAUCUUGAUAAAUGAGUUUGUACAUUUUAGAAUUUUAAUCUUUAAGAUUUC